AUCAGUUACCAGGUGGUGGUGAGUCAUCGCUAGGCUUAUAAAUAAGGGGCAUGUGACGCAGCACUCAGAUAGAUCCGACUACGUUUAGGAAAAAUAACACAAAGCUGUGGAUAAGGCAGCGGCAGCAUUUAUUGUUCUCGUUCUCUAACAGGUCAGGAUGCAGAUCUUUGUAAAAACCCUUACUGGCAAGACCAUCACCCUUGAGGUUGAACCCAGUGACACAAUUGAGAAUGUGAAAGCCAAGAUCCAAGACAAAGAAGGUAUCCCACCAGAUCAGCAAAGAUUGAUCUUUGCAGGCAAGCAGCUGGAAGAUGGUCGCACCCUCUCCGACUACAACAUCCAGAAAGAAUCCACCCUCCAUCUUGUGCUCCGGCUGAGAGGUGGCAUGCAGAUCUUUGUAAAAACCCUUACUGGCAAGACCAUCACCCUUGAGGUUGAACCCAGUGACACUAUUGAGAACGUGAAAGCCAAGAUCCAAGACAAAGAAGGUAUCCCACCAGAUCAGCAAAGAUUGAUCUUUGCAGGCAAGCAGCUGGAAGAUGGUCGCACCCUCUCCGACUACAACAUCCAGAAAGAAUCCACCCUCCAUCUUGUGCUCCGGCUGAGAGGUGGCAUGCAGAUCUUUGUAAAAACCCUUACUGGCAAGACCAUCACCCUUGAGGUUGAACCCAGUGACACUAUUGAGAACGUGAAAGCCAAGAUCCAAGACAAAGAAGGUAUCCCACCAGAUCAGCAGAGAUUGAUCUUUGCAGGCAAGCAGCUGGAAGAUGGUCGCACCCUCUCCGACUACAACAUCCAGAAAGAAUCCACCCUCCAUCUUGUGCUCCGGCUGAGAGGUGGCAUGCAGAUCUUUGUAAAAACACUUACUGGCAAGACCAUCACCCUUGAGGUUGAGCCCAGUGACACUAUUGAGAACGUGAAAGCCAAGAUCCAAGACAAAGAAGGUAUCCCACCAGAUCAGCAGAGAUUGAUCUUUGCAGGCAAGCAGCUGGAAGAUGGUCGCACCCUCUCCGACUACAACAUCCAGAAAGAAUCCACCCUCCAUCUUGUGCUCCGGCUGAGAGGUGGCAUGCAGAUCUUUGUAAAAACACUUACUGGCAAGACCAUCACCCUUGAGGUUGAACCCAGUGACACUAUUGAGAACGUGAAAGCCAAGAUCCAAGACAAAGAAGGUAUCCCACCAGAUCAGCAGAGAUUGAUCUUUGCAGGCAAGCAGCUGGAAGAUGGUCGCACCCUCUCCGACUACAACAUCCAGAAAGAAUCCACCCUCCAUCUUGUGCUCCGUCUGAGAGGUGGCAUGCAGAUCUUUGUAAAAACACUUACUGGCAAGACCAUCACCCUUGAGGUUGAACCCAGUGACACUAUUGAGAACGUGAAAGCCAAGAUCCAAGACAAAGAAGGUAUCCCACCAGAUCAGCAGAGAUUGAUCUUUGCAGGCAAGCAGCUGGAAGAUGGUCGCACCCUCUCCGACUACAACAUCCAGAAAGAAUCCACCCUCCAUCUUGUGCUCCGUCUGAGAGGUGGCAUGCAGAUCUUUGUAAAAACCCUUACUGGCAAGACCAUCACCCUUGAGGUUGAACCCAGUGACACUAUUGAGAACGUGAAAGCCAAGAUCCAAGACAAAGAAGGUAUCCCACCAGAUCAGCAGAGAUUGAUCUUUGCAGGCAAGCAGCUGGAAGAUGGUCGCACCCUCUCCGACUACAACAUCCAGAAAGAAUCCACCCUCCAUCUUGUGCUCCGUCUGAGAGGUGGCAUGCAGAUCUUUGUAAAAACCCUUACUGGCAAGACCAUCACCCUUGAGGUUGAACCCAGUGACACUAUUGAGAACGUGAAAGCCAAGAUCCAAGACAAAGAAGGUAUCCCACCAGAUCAGCAGAGAUUGAUCUUUGCAGGCAAGCAGCUGGAAGAUGGUCGCACCCUCUCCGACUACAACAUCCAGAAAGAAUCCACCCUCCAUCUUGUGCUCCGGCUGAGAGGUGGCAUGCAGAUCUUUGUAAAAACCCUUACUGGCAAGACCAUCACCCUUGAGGUUGAACCCAGUGACACUAUUGAGAACGUGAAAGCCAAGAUCCAAGACAAAGAAGGUAUCCCACCAGAUCAGCAGAGAUUGAUCUUUGCAGGCAAGCAGCUGGAAGAUGGUCGCACCCUCUCCGACUACAACAUCCAGAAAGAAUCCACCCUCCAUCUUGUGCUUCGCCUGAGGGGUGGCUGUUAAACCUUAGACUUUCAUUCCGUGUUGCUGUUUCCUUGUUGCACUGUUUGCUCUUAUGCUACAGUCACAAUCCUGUAGACUUGGUAUUGCUAAAUAAAGAUUGUUGCACAGCA